AUGGCAAUCUCUCUCUGCUUCAUUUCCUCCUCCUCCUCCUCCUCCGCCACCGCCGCCGCUUCUUUCAAUCCCCACCGUUUACUUCCCUCGCUCUCCGCCUCUCCCGUCGUCCACCUCCGCCUCGGCGUCUCCGCCCCCUCCCUCUCCCACCGCUGCCGCCAAUUCCGCCGCGUGCUGUUCUCAGCCGGCGGCGGGGACGGCGGAUUCAGCGGCGGAGGCUCCCACGGAGGCGGAGGCGGCGGGGACAGCGGAGGCGAGGACAAUGCAGGCGGGAAAAACAGGGUGGAGGCGCUUAUGGUGUUGAAGAAGUCCGGCCGGGGACUGGAGAGCUUGCCGCAGGACUUGGCGGCGGCGAUCGAGGACGGCCGGAUCCCCGGCGCCGUUGUGGACAAGUAUUUUGAGCUCGAGAAGAGCGGCUUCUUUUCGUGGCUGCUGCAGUUCGCUGGGUUUAGGGAGCGAUUGCUGGCUGAUGAUCUCUUCUUGUUUAAGGUCUUCAUGGAGUGUGGCGUUGGUCUUUUCACCAAGACUGCUGCAGAGUACCAGAAGCGCAAGGAGAACUUUUUCAAUGAGCUCGAAGUUGUAUUUGCAGAUGUGGUAAUGGCCAUAAUUGCAGAUUUCAUGCUUGUAUAUCUCCCUGCCCCAACUGUUUCUCUUCGCCCACCACUUGGACUAAGUGCAGGGGCAAUCACCAAGUUUUUCCAUGGUUGCCCUGAUAAUGCAUUCCAGAUCGCUCUCUCUGGAAUAUCAUACUCCUUAUUACAGAGGAUUGGUGCAGUAGUGAGAAAUGGGAGCAAGCUCUUUGUCGUCGGUACUGCUUCAUCACUGGUUGGCACAUCUGUUACAAAUGCCUUGGUCAAUGCAAAGAAGGCUGUUGGUAGCUCUUCAGAGGGUGAAGCUGAGAAUGUUCCUAUAGUAUCCACUAGCCUUGCAUAUGGUGUCUAUAUGGCAGUUUCUAGCAAUCUCAGGUAUCAAGUGUUGGCUGGUGUUAUUGAACAAAGGAUGUUGGAGCCACUACUACAUCAACACAAGCUAAUGCUAAGUGCAAUAUGCUUUGCCGUUCGAACGGGCAACACAUUCUUGGGUUCAUUAUUGUGGGUGGAUUAUGCUCGUUUAAUUGGGAUUCAGAAGGCCCAUUAGUUAUACAACAGAUUGCACUUUCUAAUUUAAAUGAGUUUCUCAAGGCAUAGGUUCUCUGCAUUUGUUGCAUACAUUAUGCAAUUAGACGAUUGAAGUGAUUCGGGUUCUAUAUGCUAGGUUAAAUGGGGUUUCCGCCCCCUUAUAUUUUCACCACCCAAGUCUGAGCCAACUUUUUCUGUUUGAUUCUCCUUUUCCAUACUUAAAUUUUUCACCCAUUUUCUCAUUUUCUUUUUCUUGAGG